UUCACUCCAGGCUUAAAAAGGAAAAGCUCUCAUUCUCUACCAUCACCUUCUGACCUGAGUUGGAGGGCUGUGACAGUAGUUUUUGUACAGCUCUUUCUCCCGGGAGCACCAAACCCACUGCUGACCCAGCCCUACGUCGGCACGGCGCCAUGGAAGCACUGGAAGUUAUGCAAGGGUGUGAAAUAGCUUAUGGAGCCAGAUCACACAUUGGACCCAAUGUUGGCUGCUGAGCAGGAGGUGGAGCUUUCAGCCUUUGUGUGGAGGUUCUCCAAUGAGACCCAGAGCUCUGGUUUUCCUAACAGCAACCCCCUUAUAGCAGGGCUGAGGCAUGGGAGGGGUCUGACGGCACUAAAAUAAACACCAACUUGUAGCACCUCGUGGGUGCGCACAGCCUCCAGUAGCUGGGACAGCCUAUCCACCAAGCUAUCAAGGCAAGAUGAUCAAGUCCUUCAAGCAAACGUUUCUGUCCCUGGAUCUGCAGUCCCCUAGGUGGAGCUCAAUAGAGACCAUGGCAAAGGACUCUGAACUGCGCCAGUAUGAGACAGCCAAGUGGGUCAGCACAGUCAUUAAGGGAGAAACCCAGAAGGAAGCAAUGCGCCAGGGCUUCUGGAAACUCUUCCACUACAUCCAAGGGAAGAAUGAGAAAGAAAUCAAGAUCGAUAUGACUGUGCCAGUGACAUGCCUGGUAAAGUCUGGCUGCGCAGACUACAAGAUCUCCUUCUUUGUGCCAUUUGAACAUCAGGACUCCCCACCACAGCCCACUGACUCAGAUGUGUUCAUUGAGGAGAGGAAGGCAGUGGCCAUCUUUGUCAGGUCCUUCAGUGGAUUUGCCUCACCAGAUAAAUAUGCUGAAGAAGCUGAAACCUUGGCUAAACUCUUAAGGAACAGAGGCCAAUCAUUCCAUGAAGAUUUCUUUUACACAGCAGGCUAUGACAGUCCCUUCAAGCUCUUUAACAGGCACAAUGAAGUGUGGUAUUUUAGGAAGUAAUUCAGUGGCAGAGAAUACUAGGAGGCUACUAAUCAACUCUGAAUGGAAAUAGACCCUGUUAUAUUAAUGGCUUUUGUUUUACUGUAGAAGAUAUUUGUGAGCACAGGAAUAUCUCUAAUUCAUUGUUUGUCUAGGAUGAAGUUACUCUGGCUAAGAACUCAAGUAGUUCAACUAGCUGGAGUGGGAGGGAGAUGAAACCUCAAUCUGAUUCCUCUUAUGAAGUGCUCUGGGAAGCAUCAGAAAAUAUCCCUGUAAGAAUUAAAACUAGGCAUCUCAACUCUUAUUAGAAAAAAACCAGUAUUAAUUAGACUUAGUAACAGAUAUAUGCCUUAACAGGCCCUAGUAACAUACAAGCAUUCCUACCUUCAAAAUAAGAUUAUCCGAGUCUCUAGCAAUUAAAUCAGAAAGCAGUUCACAACAAUAGGCAGAGUUCACAAUGUUUUAUUGGCUGCAAUCAGUGUAUGAGGCAAAUAUUAACACCACAAAGUCUCAUUUUAAUGCCAUUCAUGCACGCACAACCCAUUAUCCCAGGAUCUUCCACCUAUUAAGAAAAGCACAAGAAUUGUUACAAGGAACCAAAUGAGUAUAAGCAGCUUACUGGAACAACUCAGACCUUAGGUUUUCAUCUCUGUUCAGUGAGAGAGUUCAAGCUAAGGUUUUAAUCAUCACUUGUUCCAGCUACUACAUCUUAUUAAUAGUUACACUCACCUUUCUGUUUGCUCAUACAGUUCCAAAGUCGCAUCCCCACCUAAAGCAGGAAAACACACUUAGCACACAGUGGCACACCUGCCAAGAGUUCCUCUCAGCAGCUGUGUAACCUCAGAAAGAAUGGAACGGAAAUGGUGAUAUCACAGAAAUUCAUCUGGCAGAAUCAAGUUUCAUCAGUGGCUACCAGUACUCCCAGAAGAGAGAAUUCAUCUUUGUUAUCUUACCUAGUGAGGUGGCAGACAGGGAAGUUCUUUCCUGAGAAAGAGAGAAAUUGUUUCAGAGUAAGAUAUCACUACUCAUGGGUUUCUAAACUAUCAAACUAAUUUUAACCUAUAAAAAAAACUCUAUUUCAUCUGUCAACUGAGAACUUCCAUUUAUAACACUUAAUAUUUAAAAAAACUUAUAAAUCCUGAAGGAACUGGAGAUACAGAAUCACUAACAUAAGAAACAGAAAAACGGUUUGCUAUACUUGCUUAAAGAUACUGUCCCUCCAACUGAAAGUCAUUUUUUGUUGGGAUGAGUUGAUACCCAAAAUACCCCAUAAAAGCACUGGAACACAGUGCUACAGUAACCUACACCUUCAACUCAGCCCUGAAUUUGUGUACCUACAACAUAAGAUUAUUACUAUUCUUUACAGUUUCUGCCAGCUACAGGCUUUUUUCUAUUUCAAGUGUGCAGCAGCGUUAAGUGUCAGUUCACAGAACAGCCAUACAGGUAGGUAGGCGUUAUGACAGGAGUUGUAUGCUUGCUGCUGUGCAUUCUGCUGUAUUAAAUUGUCAACAUAUUGGCUUGAGUGGUUCCCACUGAUUCAGCUUCUAUGAUUUUUACUGUGUGAAGACACCAAGCAAUAAAAAUGGUUUUUUGAGCCACUGU